GAGACGAAGCGAGGGCAGAAUUAGCGAAAUUUUGAAUUUCGAGCCAAAAUUACGGAAGGCUAAAAAUUUUGGGAGGCUGGACCGAGCGGAUUCCAAAUCAGUGAAAUAUUAACAACUCGCAAACCUUGGAGAAAAAUUACCGAUAUAAUGGUUUUUGCAGAAAUUUAUGGACGAAGAUCGCCAUUCCGGAAAAGUUGAGGUGAAUAUUUUGCUAUUUGCUAAAGCUAAAGAACUUGCAAAUACAGGUGCAGGAGUGCUUCGCUUGCCAAGAAGGGUCAAAGGUCGUUUUAUUUUGGAAGAAAUCAUUUGUAAUUGGCCAAGCCUGAAACCACUUUCAUCAUGUCUUAUGCUUGCUUUGAAUGAGACGUAUAUUGAUCUUGUGGAAGAAAUAAACUUGAAUGAUUCGGAUGAAAUAGCUGUCAUCCCACCACUCAGUGGAGGUUGAAAAUAUACAGCAUAA